AUGGGUUACUUCAUCUUCGUUGAGAUCAUUCUCAACAUUAAAUUAAUUUUACUAACUCUGGCAGUAUUUUUAAGUAAAACUUUUGCAACAACAGAUAUUGACAAGAAAACCGUACACUUUAAAAUCCAUGUUCCGGAAAUUAUCAAGCAUCAUAUUCACACAAAAACGGUAUUCAUUCAUGUGCACGAAAUGAAGCCAAAAAAACAGAAGGAGGAUAGCCACGUUGAAGACUGGACGUCUUAUAACUCAUACAAUUACAAUGAUGGUACAGGAGAAGGUCGCGGUGAAGACUACCACAGAAAGAAGAAAGCAAAAAUCGUCAAUCCAUACGACGAUUACAUGCCAAUUCGAGAUGAUAAUUACCAGCCUUACGCUCCUAUAAACCCAUACGAUGAUCCGGACAAUCAGUUGGUGGACGAACUACCACCACCCAACGACAACCCUUUGGGCUUCUUCGGACCACCCAUAGAUCCUGAAGAAAUCGUCGAUCAAAGAGCGCCGCAAAUCGACGCCAAGGCGUAUCCACCACCUGGACAGUACGCGAUCCACGAAGAAAUAAACGAGGAACCACCUACCAACGACAUCGAUUCAUACAAGCAGUUUCACGAGGAGGGUUACCACCGCGGUAUGAAGACCGAAACCGGUCACAUUAUUCAGAAGGAUCUCAAGGACUUCUACGACAAGGAGCAUGACGAGGGCGACUACAACAAUUCCGACUAUGAAAACAAUAGUUACAAAAAAUACGCCAAUCACGGAAAUCAUGGUCAUCACCACGGAAAUUACGACAAAGAGAUUGGACACGAGCAGCGCGCGGGGAAAAAGCGAGCAGACAGAAGAUUCUUCGUGGCCAGGAUGGUCAUCAGAUAG